UGCUUAAUCAUUUUCUUGAAAGUUUUUUUUUUGUUUUAUGGGGGGGAGCCCUAAAACUCCCCUUCUUAUGUUAUUGUCGUUUAAUAGAUAUAAUAACAAAAAUAACGAAUUAAAAAUCAUCCAAAUCAAAGGAUAAGGAAUCAUAUAUGACGUGAUCAUUAUAUCAAUCACUUCAAAACAACAUUAAUUUAUUUUAUUGAGCUAUUAAAACAGUCUGUAACCAAAUACUCUUAAAUGAAAAUCAUAUUAUUGUCAUAUUGUAUAGGAUCCAGUACCAGCAGAUCCAUGGACAGGUAUUUUCAAUGACACUAUUGAGCCACAAGUAUGUAAGUAGAAUAUAAAUAGCGGUUCUGCUGCCCCCGCGCACACCUCCACCCCAUCACCGGCUCGUACUUCUACCCUAGCGCCGUAUAGCUCGUCCUUCCCCCCAACGCACAUCUCCAUCCUCACCUCCACCUAUCACUUCAUCGCUCCAACACUAUACCUGUUGUCAUAUAUAUAUUAUUGUAUGUAUCAUAUUAUUAUUGUACACAUAUAUGACAACGAUUUUUACAUGCAAUCUGUAUAUAUGUAUAUUCGAGACAUGUGCACAAGAGUUUAUUACUAGUGUUGUUUUAACCCUAUGUCGGUAACCUUGACUAUUGUUCACUGAAUUUAUAUUUAUUUUGGAAUUUAUACAUUUUAUUGUAUUCACUUUAAAAUAUUUGGUCUACAUAGGGUGAUUAGCAAAAAAUAUAUAAUAUUCUGGGAUAGAAUCGAACCGGUAUUUGUAAAAACUUAACCAAACAUAUUUUCCCCACUUUGAUUCUAUCCUAUUGUGAGAUAUUAUCAAAACUGAUGUAUUUAAAGAAAUAUACAUGGGUAAUAUAAAAAGAAUUGUUAAGAUAGGCGGUCGUUCUGUAUAUAUGUAUAUAAUACCACCGUACCUACUAGCGAGUGGCGUUGCUAUACAUUUUCGAAAAUCAGGUAUAUUUAUACCAUAUCAUUGUAUAUCAUUGUUAUAUUAUCGAUCCGUAUGUGAUUUCGAUGGUCUUUGAAAACUAUUAUCAAGAUCGCAUUCUAAGAAAAAGACGGACAUUUUUUCAAGGUAAAAACGUACACUCCCUACCAGUGGGGGUUGUUAUGUACAUUUUACGAAAAGCAAACAUAGUUUUCGAUUAUUCAGUCUUAUAUUUUCCCGCGUAUAAACCUGUACAAGAUUGCUUCAGCUAACCAAAAAUUCACCAAGUCCAAGCUGUUAAACGUAAAUGACGAACAACUAUGAAGAAUAUAAUAUUCGAGAAAUUAUCGAUGAAGUACCUGUUUCCCAAUAUCGAUGUCCUCAAGUAUAAGCGACCUAUAUAGUGUCAUAACUCCACCGGCAGCUUUUUCCUAUGAAUCAUCGAUGUCACCAAGCAUGUUACACAGCUUCCGCUAAAGACACCUCGCGAGUUCUAUAAUCUGAUCAUUGGAAUAAUAAAACAACGCGACUACGCGAGACCAAGUAUUUUUCCUGGGGCGAGGAUAAGGACAAAAUGCUGCAUUGAAUAUGGUCAUGAAGAGGUAUGAAAAUAAUAUCACCGCUGCUUUCGACGACUGGAGGAAUAGGGAUUCUAUACAACGACAAUGUUUUCAAGUGAUAGUAGCAGUAUAACACACACUAGUGCGUCGGAGUUUACAGCGCAAGCUGUAGUCCAUAUUUUGGAACGUACUUCAAAGUUGUCACUCGUCCACUACAAUGGCGUGGAUCGUCCGUUUCUUGGCGAGUUAAGCACCGACGGCGAUAAUGAAAUUAAACAGCUUGUACAAACAACAUUUCCCAACUGCAAUAUCAGUAAAAUAAAACAAGUCUACUAUCCACAAAUGUACGGCAUGUAUUUACUGCGCGAAGAAGAGAUGAAAUUGGAAGUUGGCCGAAGAGUUCAAGAAAAAUUGCUUUUCCAUGUGACAACUGAGUCCAGAGCCAUGGAGUCGCUGAGCAGUGGACUCGACUGGAGACGCACCCAGCGCAACAAAUUUGGAUGUGGUGUUUCGUUCAGCGACAACGCCGAUUAUGCUAAUUAUUAUGCUGACAAAUCUCCCAGCGAAGACACACGCGUCAUCAUGAUAUGCUGCGUGCUGGUUAGAGAAACCUAUGUGGUCCCCAGACAAAACGAUGGAAACGACUUAAUCGUACCACCUGACUUUGCGGACACGUCGGUGAGCCAUACUGGUCACGUGUACGUUAAGUACAACGAUAAUGAAUUUUAUCCACUUUUCUUUGCAUUCUACCGGCGGGAACAUGAACAUCGAAUCACAAGCAAAUUUUACCGCGCCAACAACUACCGCGGUCGAUCAAAUAGGUCCUACAAUCGCAAUCGCUGGUAGUUAGCUACGACCGCGAUAGCAACUUAUGUGAUUCCAUCGAUGAUGCAUUUAAUCAAGGCCUUUAAGUUCUAAUUAUUAUUUUUCAUUUUUAUGUAAUCGGACAGGAGUAUUUUUUUAAAAAAAAUGUUUAAUUUUACAUAAUAUUAAAUAUUUAUUCACAUAGAUA